CAGCCACCCGUCCCGCCGUCUGGCUCACCCUCCCUUGUCGCCAACGAUCCUUGGGGACCUGGCAUAAGUGGGAGCGUAGUUCUCAGCAAACUUAUGCUCGGUCCUCAACGAGUCUGCACUUCGACCGCGGCGAUGUGCUCGCUUCGGUUGCUGGGGUUGCAGAUUUGAAUCGUUGGCUCAACAGCUCCACUACGAAUUCAUCCUGGGCGAUGAUCUCUACAUUCUGUCAGACAUAUGGUAAGUUUGAAGAUGUCGGUCGACUGACAUACUUUUCUACAGACGGGUAGGGAACGUGCGAGCGCAGUUCUCCUAAUCUGACCCUACCCGCUGUCUUUUAGCUUUUAAGACUAGAGGUCUUGUCCAAUAUCGAUGGUGGUACACUCGACGUCCACAAACGUUAUCUCAAGGCACCGAGAUUCAUCUUGACGACCCUUCCCCCAACUCGCACCAAGCGCACAACUUAGCGUAUCCUCGUGCGAACAUACACCCAGUCUGCCAAUCUUCUCAUGUCGACGUGUGCUUCGUCCCGAUAGCUCUAGACAUUCGCAGCAUGAUCUACUGGACAGCUGACCGCAACACUCAACCCUGUAGGCUCUGCCCACGAACCCUUGACUGCGAGCCGGAUUUGGUAUGUUUGGCUUUAUUUGAUGCUCGGCAACCACCGACGCUGCUGCCAUAUCUGCGCAAGCGCCGUGCGCUGAGUGACGCUCUCUCCCCCUCGCCGUCUCGUCCCAGCUAUGUCGAUGUCAAUGUCUUCGUCUAUGCCUAUGAGCACGUCGGACACUAGUAUGUCCAUGGACUCGAUGAUGGUCCCCUGGUUGCACUUCACCGGCGGCGAUAACCUGUUCUUCAAGUCUUUACACCCCUCCUCUCAUGGAGCAAUCGCCGGUGCAUGCAUUGCGCUCGUACUUCUCGGUAUCUUCGACAGAUGGCUGUCUGCUAUGCGAGGUGUCGCUCAAGCGCGAUGGGUGCAGAGUGUCCGUGCAAUGACCACUCGCUCUCCCGCCUCGAGCCAGCCCGGCAUUGGCAGCGACUGGGUGCCGACGAAGGAGGGCGAAAAGCAGAUCGACGACGUCAAGCCAGUUCCCUCUGAGCGUAGCUCCCUCGUCAACAGCGCCCGCGUUUCGCGUUCAUCCCCUCCUUUCCUCCUUUCUCACGAUGUUCCUCGCGGAAUCGCAUUUGCGUGUCAGGCACUCUUGGGCUAUACUCUCAUGCUUGCCGUCAUGACGUUCCAGGCGGCAUACAUCAUAUCGAUCCUGGUAGGCCUGGGAAUUGGGGAGGUUUUGUUUGGGCGAUUAGGGAGUGCGCCGGGUCACGUUGUUCACUGAGCCUACCUUCUCCUUUGUCACUGCUCGGUUCCUCCUUAGAUAGCUGGAUCGAUUGUAUUGUGUAGUGGAUUGUAAACAUGUUAUGCAUUCUCUGAG